AUCACUACUAUUAUGAAGUACUUAACCAAAUAGUAAUUUAAGAAUAUUAUUAGUAUCAUUAUCCUAUGCGGUUUUGGACUGAAGCUAUAAUCUAAAUCCGAACACAACAUAAAUAAGGACAUCCGAAGUCCGAUAUAAUAUAAAUAGGGAGGAGACCAACACCAAAUCAAGUUUUUGAGUAUCCUCCUGCUCACAUAACUAAGGAGUAGAGAGAGAGAUAUAGAGAGAGAAUAACAAUGGUGAUGAGCUGCAACUCGAAGGUCUGUGUAGAUGUCGAAAACCAAUUUCCACAAAGAAGGUCGGUGAAACCAGAAUGGCACAAAGCACACGCCAGAUUCAUCAUCAACCUCUGCAUGGAGAAAGAACGAGCUGCAAACUGCAAUAACAGUGUCGCGAGUAGUUUCUCUUCUUCUUCAUACUCUUCUCUCCGAGCCGAGGCGGAAGAAGGCAGCAUAUACGGGUCAUGGUUCACCGGCGGGUCGAAGAACAAUACGAGCAGCCCGGAUGCUUACGUGUGGAGGCAGAGGUACUUAAGGAGCUAUACGUUCACGAGGGAGGAAGAAUCGUCCAACGAGAGGAAGAAGAAAGGCGUGCACGGUGUCGUUUUAAAGAGAGUGAAGAGAUGGACGAACCAGAUGUUCGAGGGUAGUACUACUGCUACAGAAGGGAAGAAGAAGAAGAAGAGCUCUAGUACGGUUGAUGGUUGCCUUAAGUUCUUGUUAAGCUUCGUGGCACAAGUUGAUGUUCAUGUUGGGUAAUGUACAGUUUCGGUACUGUUCUAUAGUACUAGAUGAAAAGUUGGUCUUUUUUUUUUUUAAUACCUCUGCUUACUCUAGAUUGAAUAAUAAUUUCGGUGCUAAUAGCAUUCAUACAUAAAAGCAAAAUUUAAGU